CAUGUUCGUAUGUACAUUUUUUAAAAAUAUUUUAAUACUUCAGUGAACAAUAAGUUAUUUAUUUUUACUGUCAUGGUGUUUUGAAGUAUUAAGUAUUGAUAAUUUAUAAUUAUAGCAUUUGAAAAUAUUUUUUAAUCAGUUUAAAAAAAAAUAUAUAUAAAUAAUAAACAACAAUAGAAUUCAACUACUUAUUGAGGUUAUUGAUGUAUAAUAUGGAAAGAGAAGGUAAUUUUUUAAACUGAUUACAUUAACUAAAUCUGUCAGUACUUUGGUGAAAUAAUUAAAAAUGAAAAAGAUGUAUCAGCAGGAAUGGCAGCUAUACGUACUCUUUUAACAAUUUUAGAACGUUCUAAAUCUGUGACCGUACAAGAAGUUCAUAAUUGUUUACAAAAUGCCAUUGAUGCCAUGAGAUCUUUAGAUUGUCCAGUAACAUCAAUAGCAUCUGGAUCUGAACUAUUUCUACGAUUUAUUACCCUAGCAAGUUUAGACACUCCAUCGUUUGCUGAAUGUAAGGGUAUAAUGCUUCGCCGAGGAAAAUUGUUUUAUGAAAAGUUAGUAAAUGCUCGUAGUAAAGUUGCUAAAUUAGCUUCUAAUUUUAUUACUGAUGGUUGUAAAAUUUUAACACAUUCGAAAUCCAGAGUUGUGUUACUGGCAUUAAAAGAAGCUGCUGCAAAUAAUAAAAUUUUUCAUGUUUAUGUCACACGAUCUGCUCCAGAUAAUAUUGGAGAAGAAAUGUAUGAUAAUUUAACAAAACUAGGAGUAUCUUGUACUUUGAUUCUUGACUCAGCAAUUGGUUAUGUUAUGGAACAAGUUGAUAUGGUGAUGGUUGGUGCUGAAGGUGUUGCUGAAAGUGGAGGUAUCAUAAAUAAAAUUGGUACUUAUACCUUGGCAAUGUGUGCGAAAGAAAUAAAAAAACCACUUUAUGUUCUUACUGAAAGUUUUAAAUUCUCGAGAAUAUAUCCUCUCAAUCAAAUCGAUCUUCCAGAUGAAUUCAAAUAUACGACAAGUACAAGAGCGAAAAAUUUAAAGAAUGAGCAUCCAUUGGUAGAUUAUACUCCACCCCAGUAUAUUAAUUUAUUGUUUACUGAUUUGGGUAUACUGACACCGUCGGCGGUAAGCGAUGAACUUAUAAAACUUUAUUUAUAAAUUUUAUAAUUAUUAUAAUAAAUAAAAUAAUAAAUAUUUAUACAAAUCUUAA